CCUUUCAGUAUCCGUAGCUAGUGUUGCGUUGACCUGAACAUAUUCCCACAAACGUUUGUACAGAGCAUAGUACAAGUUGAGUCUGCAGAUAUGGCUGGUAAACGAUCGCUAGUUAUUCUUGCUAAAGGAGCGGAGGAGAUGGAGACGGUUAUCCCAGUGGAUGUCAUGCGGAGAGCUGGGAUUGCUGUGACGCUGGCUGGUUUGGCAGGAAAGGAGCCUGUUCAAUGUAGCCGUGAUGUUAUUCUUUGCCCAGAUGUUAGCCUUGAAGAUGCCAGAAAACAGGGGCCUUAUGAUGUAGUGGUCUUGCCAGGAGGGAAUUUGGGAGCACAGAACCUGUCUGAGUCCCCAGUGGUGAAAGAGGUGCUGAAGGACCAGGAAGGUCGAAAAGGUCUCAUUGCAGCAAUCUGUGCCGGUCCCACUGCUCUGCUAGCCCAUGGUAUUGGUUAUGGGAGUAAAGUGACUACUCAUCCUCUUGCAAAGGACAAGAUGAUGAGUGGAGAUCACUAUACGUAUUCAGAGUCUCGUGUUGAGAAAGACAAUAACAUCAUUACCAGCCGUGGCCCAGGGACAAGCUUUGAAUUUGCUCUUGCUAUUGUGGAAGAAUUGAUGGGUAAAGAAAUGGCUAAUCAGGUCAAGGCUCCAUUGGUGUUGAAGGAUUAGAUUCUGCCCAAAUCUUCACUUCACGUGAACCAUUAAUACUUACUUGGGCGUGCUUGUAUGAAAAUAGUUGGAAUUCUUACAGUAUGCAUGUACUUCUACUGCUUCCUAUGGAUUUGCUAGCACUUCUUUGAAUAAACUGAUUUAAAGGCAAUGUGA